GCAUUGCCCUCUGGAUGGGGGAUUCCCUGGGAAUCCCCUGCUCACAAUGCCCUAGCUAAGUGGUGGGUACAAACUAGCUACUGGGCAGGAAAAUGUGUCGUUUAGACACUUGGUAGAUUGGAUUCCUGGGCCCUGUCCUUGACUUUGUGUAUGGUGCCUGAAUCAACAAGUCCCAAUUUCUCUGUGACCUGGACAAGAAGAAGCCUGUUUCUCACUCUGUUCCUGGUGCAGGGCCCCCAAAUAACACCAGCUCUGUCCCUCUCUUCCUGCUUCCUCUCGGCUCAGGCUGUGUGGGUAUCCCCCCUUCUAUUCCAACCAUGGCCUUGCCAUCUCUCCGGGCAUGAAGAGUCGCAUCCGGAUGGGCCAGUAUGAGUUUCCCAACCCGGAAUGGUCAGAAGUAUCAGAGGAAGUGAAGAUGCUCAUCCGGAACCUGCUGAAAACAGAGCCCACUCAGAGAAUGACCAUCACGGAGUUCAUGAACCACCCCUGGAUCAUGCAAUCCACGAAGGUCCCUCAAACCCCACUGCACACCAGCCGGGUCCUGAAGGAGGACAAGGAGUGGUGGGAGGAUGUCAAGGUGAGGGGAGCCCCUGGCACGGAGGGCUCGGGGAGGCAGCUCACGGGGCCGCCCAGCUGUGCGUGGUGCUGGCCGGGAGGGUUUGCUGCUGCAUCCUCUCCCACAGGGAACGUCUGUUACACAGGAACGGCGACUCUGAGCCCCUUUCCGACCAGGUUGUGGGCGGAGGAUUCUGUGUUCCUGUCUAAACGCGGCCAUGGCUGUUUCCUACCAUCCCUCUACUCCCUGGGUCUCUAGAGGGGCCUGAAAGGCCACCUGGUGCCACCUCCUCAUAUGGCAGAUGAGGAAACCGAGGCUCAGAGAGGAGGAGUGACCUGUUGAAGG